ACAAUCGUUGUGGCGGCGAGCUUGACUUUGUCUUUUUCGGAGCGGAGGCUGGCCUGACCCCAGUCGGAGAUGUCUGCCGCGGAAAGUUUUCUUCUCCGGAUGGAAGAUGUUUUUCAAACAAAGCGCUUACUUCUCACAUCUGAUUGGUGACCAUGGAGACAUAGAGGUCGGGAAAGACACAAUGUCAAUGGGGGAGUUCAUAGAGCUCCGUGACCUGAGGUCCGGCGGGGAGCAUAUCCAGCUGACUGGAGCGUGUUCACCCCGCUCCCCUCCGCGUUUGGAGCGAACCAACGCCCUGAGGAUCAGCCCGGGAAAAGUGCCGGAUCUGCUGAGCCGGGUGGGAAUCAUCCGGGUCCUGAGCAGUUGCGAGUUGGACCGACAUCUGGCAGAGGAAACCGGGGAGGGCCAUGACUUCCAACCCUGCAGCCACACUCAGCCCACAUGGUGUGACCUGUGUGGGGACUUCAUCUGGGGCCUCUACAAACAGAGCUUGCGCUGUGCCAAUUGCAAGUUCACGUGCCACUACCGCUGUCGUCCCUUGAUCCGCUUAGACUGCAGCUGGGACCAGGGCUCUUCCGCUGACCACACGUUGGUUGUGGAGCACACCAUUGAAACAGACACAAAUGUGGAUGAACCGAGUGAUUGUGGCAAGCCGGUGUUGACCACUGCUGAUAUUCAGAAGAAGGUCAAGGAGUACAACGCUCAGAUCAAUAGCAAUUUGUUCAUGAACGUGAACAAAGACAGUUCCUACACUGGCUUCAUCAAAGUGCAGUUCAAACUGGCGCGGCCCGUGUCGGUCAUGCACCCAAAGAAAGGAGGGGGCGGUGGCGCACAGAACGCCGCCUCCAGGAAGGGUGCCAGCGUGAAGCGCCGUACCUCCUUCUACCUUCCCAAGGACGCCUCUAAGCACCUCCACAUCAGCUCCCGCACAUCUGCGCGUGAAGUCAUCGAGGCCUUGUUGAAAAAGUUCACCGUGGUCGACAACCCCGGCAAGUUUGCUCUGUUUGAGCGCAGCGAACGACACGACCAAGUUUACAUUCGCAAGCUGUCUGACAAUGAGCGUCCUCUACCUCUGCGACUGUGCGCAGGACCCAAUGAGAAAGUGCUCAGCUUUGUUCUAAAGGAGAAUGAGACAGGAGAAGUCAAUUGGGAUGCCUUCUCCACGCCAGAACUGAAGAACUUCCUGCUCAUUCUCCAACGCGAGGAAGAGGAGCACAUCAAGCAGAUUGUGCAGCGCUACGAAGUGGCCCGAGCCAAGAUGCAGGAGGCCUUGCGCGGCUCCACCCCAGGCUGAACAGACCUUCCGCGUGUGACGGGUAGUCCUUGAACGUAGCACCUCUUUCGGCUGGACCGUCUCCCUUAAAACGACCAGUUGCUGAUGCACGUGAAGCUCCCGUAAAUGAACGAAAACAAAAAAACACCUCCUCGGUGAACGAGAGUGUGAAAGGGGCGCGAGACGAUGAGAGCGUGCGAGAGAGAGAACACUGACGCGAAUGUUCAUGUGAGAUGAUGCGAGAAGCAGUGCCUGACACCUGGAGAGUCUGAUGUGCCUGAGAGAAUGAGUUGAGACCAAUGACAACUGGCAGACAACUUGGUAGGUGUGGUUGUCUACUACCUUAUGGAACCCUACAUGAUGUCUUUUUUUUCAUUUUUUGCACCUCAUUUGUGCCACUGUCAUUGCACAUAAGCACAUUAAAAAAAUAUUCCUAUGUUAAGGCAAAAUUUGUGACAUAUGAACUAUUAGCGUGGACACAAGCUAAAUGUAAAAUUUAAGAAUCAGUAGGUGUUCAUUGGAAGUAUCCACUUGGCUUAUCAUGUCCUCUACACCCCUCGUGGGUGCAACUGAUUUUUUUUUUUUUUCAACUGUCAAUUUAUUGAGUGAGGUGGUUGCAUGGACAUUGUGGUAUUCUAAAUAUCAGUGACCAGCACAAGUGUUAAGCUCACUCAUAUCGACUGUGAUUUUGAAUGAAUUUGUUACUGAGUACAAGUUCAUUUAAGCUGUUCUUUAUUUCAUGUCUUUGACUUUUCCACCUGUCCUUUAAACUCUUUUCACUUCCAUUGUAUUUGUUGAAUGCACUUAAGUACUGGUUGACCAAUACUGUGUUAGAAUAAUGCAACAGUCCUGCAAAUAAAUAUCACUUUUAGUGAGAGAAGCGAUGUCCUCCCUGUGUUUGGCGACCACAUAACAUGCCAGUUGGAGAAACAAGAACAAUGUUGUACCCCACCUCUUGCCCAAAAGUCAGGUGGCAUAGGCACGAGCUCAUCUGUCCCCCCUCCAGUGAGGAUAACACGUGCUAUAGAACAUGUAUGGCUGUGAAAGAUGAUUAUAUAAAGUAUAUUUUAUUAGAACUCAAUAGCAGGACUGUUGUCUCAGCCAGUGCCUAUUUAAGUCGAAAUUCAAGUCGGUUAAUCACAAACUUUCAAAUGUGAGAAACGUGUACUACUAUUAA